UUAACUUCUCUUCGUCUUCUUCUUCCUCCGACCUUGGAAAAUCUCUCGUGACUCGCUAGUCUUCUCUAAUGUCUUUACAUGUCAAGGGACCUGUUUGUCAAACUUGUGGCGACAUAGGUUUUGAAGAAGCACUUGUCUUUUGUGACUCUUGUAUGUUUGAGUCUAUUCACCGCUAUUGCUUAGGGAUAACACCGAUUCCUUUUACGGAAUACAUAACUUGGAUUUGUGAGGAUUGUGAUAACAGUGAGAGUGAUUCUGAUUGCAAUGAAGUUGAUCAGACUGUUAAGAAGAAGAAGAAGAGUAGAAAUCAACCCCUUGUGGUUUUAGCUGAGGACAAUGUGCUCCAGGAACCUUUGGAGGGGUCUAAGAGAGAAGAAAGCUCAUGUAGCAGAAAACCUCAUGAAUUGACUUGUUUAGAUGGAAAUGGAGAAUCUGUUUUGGAGGCUGCAGAUUCAUCUAGUGUGCCAGAUCAUAGUUCUUGUACUAGCAAAAGGAAAGAAGUUGAUCAGACUGCUAAUCUUGGACAUAUCUUGGAGAGGAGUGAGAAAAAGAAGAAGAAGAAGAAGAAGAAAAAGAGCAUCAAUCAUUCGCCACCGGUUUUAGCUGUUGAGGACCAUGAGCUUCAGGGUACUACCAAUGUUGUUGAACCUGUGGAGGUGUCUUCUUCUUCACCAACUAAAGAAACGAUGGAGUCUAAGAGACAAGAAAGCUCAGAUAGUAGAAAACCUCAUGAAUUGACUUGUUUAGUUGGAGAUUCGGAGACCGCUAAUUCAUCUAGUGUGCCAGAGCAUAAUUCUUGUGCUGUCAAAAAGAGAAAAUUAAGUUCUGGAAACAAACAGAUUCAGUUAGCUGAUGGGAGUAGUUCUUGCAGAGUGGCUGAAUCAAAUAUGCCUCUAACGUUGACAUCUAGGAACUAUAGAGCACAACCUAUCAAAAUACCGAUAUGGAGGGGAUUGAUGUCUGUUAAAGGAGGAAACAGCUGUACCAUGGAUGGGAUUGUUGCUCAUGUAUCAAGCUUAGCCUGCCCUAAAGUCCAUGAAACGGCUAGUUCAUUAAAGGGUCGGCUCUCUGCUGAAAUACUUCCUAGGUUGGAAGUAUGGCCAAAGACCUUUUUGAAGAAUGGAGGACCUAAGGAUGAAAGCGUUGCCCUUUUUUUCUUCCCUUCCAGUGAAAGGUGUACAUGAAACAGUGAUUUGUUUUUCUCUCCCUAUGCUUAUGUUGUAAAAGUAUCUGACCAUUUUUGUGUUUGGUUUCCAGUAAUGAUGAAAAGGUUUUUGAUUCCCUUGUUGAUAAAAUGAAGAAGAAUGAUUCUGCGAUGAGAUGUGUGCUUAAUGAUGCAGAACUUCUACUCUUCACAUCUUAUAUGUUACCAAAGGAUUCUUGGACUUUUAACUCAAAGUACUACCUGUGGGGCGUCUUCAAGCCUAGACAGACUUCUCGAUAUUAGCCACUCCAAGACUCGCUACCUUUAACAGUCUCUAACUUCGAGCAAGGUUUAACAGACAGAUGGAAAUCAUAAGUAGGACUUAAAGUAUUCUCCUUCAUCCUUUUUGAGUAUAUGUUAGUUCUUUUUCGGAUUUAACGCAUAGAUGGGUUUGGUUGUCCGAUUGUUGAUAGUUAGCCAGAUGCUGUAUAGAAUCGGAACCGAGAUGGCAUCCUUGAUAGCAUAUCUUUGUCUUUUGAGGCUUUUUUUGGUGGAUUUGUGCCACUGGUUAGUCAAAUGAAUGUUAACUUUGAAAUCUUCCUGAUUGGUGAACUUGAUAAUUGAUCUUAUACCUUCAUAGACAUUAGCCGUCUGAGAAAAGAUGUAUUCAAUAAUGAAAAUUCUGUCACACUUUUUGGUCUCUGCAAUCUCAGUUGCAGCUGGUUGUUUCAGCCCUUUUUAGUUUAGUCUACUUGCUCUUAAGUUUGUAGCACGAAGGUGUAGUAUACUUGGUGACGUUUCAGUUUUAGUACAUAGCCUACGUGCUGGUGUUUAGGUAUGAGAUGAACUGACAAGUUUUUUGAAGUUGAUCAUAAGCUGGAUGCUUACAGUGAUCUCUCAUAUUACUUACUCUCGCAAAGAAGUUACAGAGAUGAUCAUUGAAGUCUACUUUUGUUGAAAGUCUUUGUAAUAAUGUUUUAAUCUAAUAUGCUGUUCAUGUGGACUCCUCUACUGUUGUAACAGGCUGG